AUGGCACUUUCAAGUCUGGCGUCGGAUACACUGGCUGUGCCCGUUGCUUUCACCGCCCUGGCGAUUAUAACAACCUUGAUUCUCUACGCCUUUUGGAAGCCAGCAUUACCUUCCAACGCACCAAAGCUCACCGAAGAUGCCAUUCCACUCAUCGGAUCGCGCAGAUUCUUCACCAAUCGCUGGGAUUUCGUCCGAGAUUCCCUAGCGAAAUCUUCGACUGGCAGCUUUUCCUUCUGGGCGGGCAAAUGGCCUGUGAUUGCCAUUAGUGGAACUGCGAGUCGGAAACUGUUCUUUGAUUCUAGGCAGUUGAAUUUCCAGGAUGGUUAUGCUGCUCUCUUCUCCGGUGCUCCGGAAGUGAAGGAGAAUGUUUUGGCGGAGAAGCAUGGUGCUGAUGCUGAUUUCAAUGAUUAUCUCACCAAAAGACUGGUGGCAUUACUCAAAGGACCGAUGUUGAAAAAAGGCCUACCUCAGAUCCUCCAAGACGCCCGCACAAAUCUUGACACUUUGCUCGAUUCCGACAGUACGGAUCCUUUCAAGUCGAUUUACAAGACCAUUUUCGCCUUCACCAUGAGGACAGUCGCGUGUAAUGAGAUUGCAGAUGAUCCAGAAUUGCUGGCGAAAUGUCUCUAUUAUUUCGAGUCGAUUCAGCAAUCCAUCACGCCGGUUACUGUCAUGUACCCAUGGGUCCCUACUAUUGGUAAAGCGGUCACCACGUAUCAGGGCGRGAAACUUUAUAUGAUCAUCAAGAAAAUUGUAGAUGAUAGGAAGAAGACGGGUCGUAGAGAAGACGAUGCGCUGCAGUUCUUGUUGGAUCAGAAUGAUACACUUCUUGACAUCAUCUCGUUCGUACUGGGAUCCCUCUUUGCAGGCCAAAUCAACAGCGGCAUCAACACUGCAUACAUUCUAUGCUAUCUCGCUACAGAUGAUGACUGGAUGAGCCGCAUUUGGGAAGAAGUCAACACCAUCGCAGACAAAUACCACUCGGAUAAAUCGAUACCCCUAWAGGAGCGACUUAUGAGCUUACCACUCGAGGCCUGGGAUUUUGAAUUCCCUCUCAUCGAUCUAUGUCUCCGUGAAGUCAUUCGACUACAACUCUCAGGCACAUCCUUCCGUAAAAACAACGGACCGGAUAUUCCCAUUGAUGAUGGCAAGGAAGUCAUACCCACAGGCACUUACGUCCUCUACUCCACAGUAGAUGUGCACUACAACCMCUCAAUCUACAGCAACAUUCGAGACUUCGACCCAGCACGAUACCUCCCCGAUCGGGCUGAAGACAAGAAAGUACCACAUGCUUUCGUCGGCUGGGGUGCCGGUCGCCAUCCAUGCCCAGGAAUGCGCUUCGCAAAACUCGAAACCACAGUCAUCGUCGCCUUCUUCCUGGCUUAUUUCGAGGAAAUCAAACUCACAGACGCAAAAGGAAAUCCACAAUCUCGAGUCCCCGAUUGCGACCUCAAUAACCACUCGAGUGAGAAACCCACCAAGCCCAUUYUCCUUAAAUAUAAGACGAGAAAAGAAUCUGCUGCGGUUUGA